AUGACUACAGCACAAGAGCAAUCCUGCUCUCUGGACGAUCUGAUUGCGCUCGCAGUCCUUUUCAACUCCUGCGUUCAGGCGUUCGGCCACCUGCAUCUUUCCAAUAGUUAUGACACUACACAGAAGCGUCUUCUUACUUGUCUCGGCAUCGAGCAAUCACGUUUGCUGAUCUGGGGUGAUGUUGUUGGCAUCUCCUCACCGCCGCCCACCGUUGCAACCCGCGCCGUCCCUCUACAGCCCGGCGACACAAAUCCAGAUCCAGAGUUGGCCAUUUAUUUUGGCAUCCGCGAUGCGCGCAUGGACGAACCUGAUAUGCGCCAAGCCAUCGAAGAAGCAUUGAAUCAUCUUCUGCGCCUGUUCACUCCCGGCGUCGGAGACUCCGAGAUGUACGAGCGGUACGGGCUGAAACCGCCGAAAAGGUCCAAUUCCUCGAUCGAGGCGCCAUUGGAUCCGAUCCGCAGCGAUGCCUUCAACGAGAAGUUCUCCCUGUUGCGUCAACUAUCGCCAGUUUGGCAAAGACAGACUUCCGUUGCGCUGCGGCACUGGACUAUAUCCGACGGGUCCAAGUUCUCCGCAUUCAUAAGCGCGGUGAAAGACAAGGUGGAGACCCUGGUACACAUGAUGGAUGUGGCGGAAAGAGUGGAUCGUGGAAUGAAGAUGGAUAUAAAAGGCUUUGGCUGGCAUCCAGAACCGGUGGGCGAUCGUGCCCGGCAAGACUGGGGGAGACUGCGCCUCAUACGGGAGGCGUGUCGCGAUACAUAUCCAGAAUACGCAGAUGCGGCCGACAAGGUACUUGCUUAUCUGAAUGAGCAGUUUCGGGAAAGCAGCGCCAGAAAGUACUCGGAACAUCAACCUGUCUCCCACACUACAACCGCCACCGCAUCUAGUACUAACAGCGGUGGCCACGGGGAACACGCGCCAUCGCCUAGCAAACCGCACUCUAAGCGCACAGGCUUUCUACGCUUUUUCAAGCAUUCCGACCGGGGAAAGAGCCGAGGCAACCAGAAAGACCGCAGCCAGAGCGUUGCGUCCGCCUCGUCCGCGGAAGGGGAACCUGCGCGCUCAAAAUCAGAAAGUCAUGACGUGGCAUCAAACGAGCUUUCUCCACCUUUAGAGCCACAGCGGUCGCUUUCGAUGUCCGCCGUUCCUAUUCCCCGGACUGUCGACGCAGCGGUACCAGAUCAGGGGGAUGUGGCACGCAUCAAGACCGCAGAUACAUCUUCCAAGGACCCAGGGAAGAAUGAUCUCUCACUAGUUGAGACGGUGGCUAGUCACGUGAGUAGACACGAUCAAUAUAGCAGUCCCUAUCAAGUGGAGACGAACCGCCUUCAGCGGUAG